UUUCCCCUCAUCCCCCAUGCUAUCCCCCAGGGGGGAUGGAAUGGCGUUUGUUCCGUUCAUCGGGGGGUUGCGGCAACGCGAAAGCAAAGCAAAAAGGAAAGAAGAAGAAAACUGCCAUUGUCCUGUUUCCGUUCCUCACCAUGUAAUCUUUUUUGACUACAGGAUACGACACCCUGCCACACCUUUUACCUCACCUUGCUUGCAACCGAGCCAGCCGACCCCCGCAGUGGAUGCAAGCACUGAUCUCUCGGUGGCCGCAGAAAACCGCCGGCAAGCAGCAUCUCUCCCACCCCCCUUCCCACGCACUCUGCCAAUCCUUCAUGUGCAUACUUGGUUAUGUACGGUACCCGUAUCCAUCUCGCUUGGAUCUCUUUUCAACUAA